GAACUGUGCUAUUUUAUCCACUGUGGUAUUCGGUGAGUAGUUAAAGAGGAUCUUGCGCUCUUAGAAAUUUUACGUUACAUUGAAUACCGAUACACAAAAUUAUCGGUUCACAUUUGCACGUUCGUCUAGGAAGAAACAGUGUCCUUUAGAAACGACAGUUGAUUUAAUUCGAUCGCUUUUUGGCAUUCAAAGGUUACGUAUUUCCGAGUGGACUCUGUUAAGAAAGAAGCUUUUGUCACAAGCCAUUGUCAGCGUGUUUCCUGUGCAGGUUAAGUUAAGAAAUAACGAAAAAUCAGCGAUAGUAUUACCGGGUUGGUGCGAUAAUCGAAAGUUUUAACAACACAUAACAGCGAGAUGUCGACUACCAUGGUCAGAUUUCAAUGGAUUUCGUUUUCACCGAGUCGAAAAUUGGUUUUAGUUACGAUAUAGUUUCUGUUUUUGCGUGGCAUGCUUUGCUGCCUCGACAAGCCCCUACAUGUCUGACUUGUGAUCAUAACAGAGUUCGCGCGGACCAUCUGUGAAGCCACGGGUUGAAUUUCUACGUAAUAAUCAUCAGCUUUUGAUUUAUUUAAUGAAACCUUUGUCUUGAGUUACAAACUACGUCUGAGUGCAUUGAAAGCACCUUGAAGGAAGUCCCAGAAGAAUUAGUUACCACUUUGGAAGUCAAUACGCUAAGCCCCAGGGAUUGUUUCUGACAACACUUUGUAUACCUUUGGAAUCAGGCAACCGUGAAAGUACGGUUGCGUUACCUACCUAGCUCGUCGACCGGCCCGCAACGAGCGUUCCAAGCUCGAUUGGAUGGAAUUUGCGAUCAUGUAAAGGAUUUCCUUUCGUUUUAGUACAUAAAUGAUAACAAUUGACAAUUGUCCUGUUAGGGAAACUCAUAUUUACGUAACAAGAAAUUAAUCGCGAUUAAUUUUAUCUCCAUGUUCUUUCAGGCUGAGCCGUGAGAAAACCGCAGCAGGAGGAUCACACCAACCGUUCGAGUGGGUUUUAGCACACUCUGUCCUGAUUACACUUUAAUGAGUUGGGCACGAAACUCAUGCAUAUGAGAGACUUCACUCGGCAUUCACUGGCCGCAUUUGUGAAAGGAAUUCAGCGCCCAAACCUCGGAGUUCUUGUGAUUUUACUGUUGGCUAGCGUACUGCCUAAAGUAAGUACACUGAAAAUAUAUUGUGAGCGCUCUCAAGCGCCCAAGACGUCGCUAAGUAUUUGGUUUAAUUAUUGCUCUCGUUCUGUUCGAGUUCACAAUAAUAGCGGUUUUGUUGGGAUAGAGAAAUAAUUUUUAAUGACGAUUUUCACUAUUUCGCGGUCAAUCUCGGAUUGUUUGAAUAAAUAGAUGAGCCAUUAGAAAACCAAUAGAUCUACGUGUUAUCAUUCUCGCUUAUUAAGCAAUUCAGUCAUUUUUCGAAUCUUUUAUCUCAAGCAAGAUUUUUAUCUGUCUCAAGCUGGAAAAACACAGAGUAAAAUGUCCUUUGCGUUCUGCCACGAAUUGAAUGUAAAGCAACCCUUGAGAUACUCGUAAUAAACUUCACGCAGUGACUUCUCUUCAAUAGUACACUGAAAUACCGGAUCACGCACUGUCGGCGGUCGAGCGCGCGUGGCGUACACGCAGUGCUUCCAUUUGGCGGAUAUGUCGUUUGAAUUUGGAAUUUCCUGUUUUUCGAGGUUAAGAAUUUAUUGAAAUAAAACCUGACGUCACCCAGACAGACGAACAAAUAAAGAGAAUCGCGAAAAUAAAUUUGGUUUCAUCAGAAAUUAUACGCAGGAUCGAAAGUGAUCCCAAAAAGUGUUCUGCGCGUUGUCAAUGCACACGUUUAAUAUGACAAGCUCACCUCUCAUUAUUGACUUACUUUUGAGGUUUGGAAAAAUUCCUUUUAGUGUAAAAGCUUUCUGUUUUUGUUUUCUUUUUUGGAUGUUUUUGUUCUGUAAUAAGGUGGCUCGCAUAUUUCAAUCAACACUUAUUUCCAACGAAGCAAGAAGACGGUAAAUUUCUUUGCAUGAUGAAACUAGCCCGAAACGUUUGUUUAAUUGCCAUCUUGACUUGGCGAUGAAUCACUAACAGAUCGAAACCUUAUGCGCCGCCAGGCGCUUUUAGAUCCGAUUUACGAUCGUAAAAAUUCUGAACGAUAAUGUUAUUUUUUUUCAACAGAUUAUGAUUUGCAAUUCAAAUUAACGGUACAAAUGAUACGACAAGGAAACCCAAAAGAAAUCCACACAUUUUUACUGUAAAUUUUUAGUGUCUUUCAUGUUGGCUUAAUGACUUAGCCGUACUUGACCUCGAUCAUAUCUUCUGGAAGGUCUCAUCUGGCGAAAAUGUUUGCGUACCCGCACUAGUUAAGUCAGGAAAAAUAGGACAGUGGCUGGUGCGCCUGCAAGCUUUAUUCCUCACAUAUUCUUACACACAGCUUCAUAUUUCUACAGACUCGGGCCACGGGAAUGUUCGAAGUCCGUUUCUUGGACUACACAAAUCCCGGAAACAGAAACGGGCAGAAGACCUGUUGUAGCGGUGUAGAGACGGGAGGGAGCUGUUCUUCUCCAUGCAGCACCUUCUUUAGAGUGUGUCUACGGCCCCUAACUCACACAGGGUCCUCUUGUCCGUUUGGGCAGGAAACUUCGGAUGUUUUGGGAAGUGGCUCCUUCGUAAUCCCGUCGAACAGUCUGUUGCAGAUACCUUGGCCUAAUACACUGCAGUCAUGGCCUGUAAGUACAUAUCACUUAACACGCGUUUUAAUGAUGUUCGGGUAAAAAUAUCAUUUCUUCAUACUGUUUUACUUUCCAACACCCAUCCGGAUCGAGAUUACAGCAUCGAGUUAAUGAGAUGUUUAUCAGCAGAGUCAAAGCAGCGAGCUUUUUGUCCUUUGCCCGUUCCCACCAUUUAGUGCAACACAAUAUAUUUAGUCCAAUUUCCGCUUAAAAAAAAAAACAAAACAAUUGAAGGGUUUCGAUCUGAAGUGUGGGAAAUUUCAGUUUCAGAGGCUCACGCUAUUUUAAACAAUAUUAAACUAGCCUCAGGUGAAUUGUUUUUUCUUUUGUUCUAUGAGCGAUUCAAUGCGUCUCUUUGAUUGUUAAGGCUAGAAAGUGAAAAAGUGAAAAUCUUGCGCACUCACAAACCGAGUUGUGUGCGUGUUAUUGUAGCGCUGUAUAAGGGUUAUUAUCACAAUAGAGCCGGGACUGCGACAAUGAACGAGAAGAGGCGAUGAAAAACACUGAUUGCGACCAGCGUCUAGGAAGGACCACCGGUAGUGUCUGAUUUGGCUUCUCUCCGUUACUGUGAAACAAAUUAGAUUACAGUUCUUAACAAUAAUUUACAAUUCCGAUUUGCCAAAAAAGACGGAAGGAUGCCAAACUUGUUUUAUAGACAAGGAAACGGAACUGAUAUGGACAAUAAAUAAGAUGCGAAUGAACUUGUUGCAUGGCGCUUCAAGUAUCAAUAGGUCGAACUUGGUUGCAAAAAAUAGGAUCAGGUUCUACUGCAACGAUAUCCUUGAUGUACUGUCAUCUGCUUUUUCGCACGAGCUAUAUCUUUCGGGAGAAAAAUAACGUAAAGUUUGUUACUACGCAACGGCUCGUGUGAAGCCGUCGCUCAUACCAAUAUGAUUAGGGCUAUUUUUAUUUUUCCGAUAUAGGUAAAUGUUGAGUUUUUUCGUGGUCUGAUUUGGAUAGAUAGUUUUUUAUUUGGAGAAAAAUCUUAUAAGGCUUUGAAAAAUGACUAUCAGAUCACAUAAUAUUGCCUGUAGAGUGUGGAUGUUCACAAUGUUCUUAAAUAGAACUGCCUUUCGGCUGCCUGUGCUAUCAUAAGUAAUCUUCAGUAGUAACUGAAACUUGUGUGAUGAUACUUUAAGCUGCCAGCAGCAUUGUGAUGGCAGUUGUUUCAUUGCUAAUUGCGCGGGCACGUGCCAUAACUCUACUUUUAAGCCUUUAAAAGCUUCUUACACAACCGACUUUUAAAGCUUGUUAUCAAAAACGACAGGAUUUGAUCGUCUUAACUGCUAUCAAUCCCUGCGGGAUGUCACGCGUGCACGUCACGCGCUUGAUGUCUUUUUUUCCUAAAGUCCACGCGCGCAGUAUGGUUAGGAAUUCAUCAGACACCUUUUUUGAAUGUAAAACUCAUCAGUUUUACUUUUUCCGUCAACAGGGGUCAUUUUCUUUACUCGUGGAAGCAAGGCACCGUCAAGGUAAGGAUACUACCUUUGUCUCUUCUAUCUCGAUGGUCAUCCCGCGAGGUUUAGCGCGCUUGUCGACGCCUUCGCUGAAUUUUCGAAUUUCAGUAUUAAGUAGUUAUGGUAUGCACGCAAGUCGCCCGGUGCGACUCAUGAUGAGCGCUUCUUGUAGAGCUGAUGGAGUGUGCGAUAACCUGUAUGAAAACGGCGUUUUGAUGAUGACAAGGAUUAAAAUAUAUUUGCGUCCCACAAUAAAGGGUCAUUGCGGCACGCGAGAGGUUAUCUCUAGGAUCCAGAUUUUAUGACCAGCGUGAUCAUUUUGGAGUGCUAACUUCUCCUACACAGUCAUUCCGCGCGUCAAAUAAGUGUGCCUUGUUCAUUGCUGGAAUGCAAUUCAUUGUAGAAGAUGUAGAGAUAAAUACAUUAAAAUGUGGGUCUUAGAAUUAGUACCUAAAAAAAGUGUUCACAAGCUACUCUCCGAAUUGCAAAUUGGUACGAUAAAAUGGCUUCCCUUUUGCAAAGAAUCUCUUCUCGGCCAAGCUGACUCUGGUGAAGAUGUGCUUGACAUCAUGUGUCUUUAGGAUGAAAUAACAUUUACAUUUAGGAAAUCCCCACAGCGAUUAUUUGUUUUUCUAAUUUAGCCCGUGUUGACUUUGCUCGCACGCAAAACACGCGAAAUUUUACCCCCAAGAUUGUUCUUGAUCCUUACUUAAUGGCCUUCUCUCAAAACGCCCCUUGUCCUGACGUGAAAAACAUUCCUCGAUAUCAUCUGUCCUAAGCUGUAAUGAGCUUACUUGACUCUCUCACGAUUAUCUGCUUUGUAUCAAAGGCGUCUUAACUCUGUAAACUCAUAUGAUCACAUAAUGUCAGGUCGUGAUAAAAACCAAGUGAUCCUGAAUAAAAAAAGAGAACCUUGGUUUAGACAAGGAACCAUAGUUAACCUUCCGUUGCUACUAACUAAACAUCAUCGCUUUAAAGUGCUGUUGUUUUGAGGUGUGAAGUGACUAACGGUAACACUGCAUCGAUAAGAUUAAUCUUCAUUAUUACCUCGGUUAUCUUAUCUUGCAACCAAAUAUUAGGCUUUACUUUGGACAAAACUCAAAAGAGUCUAUUCAUCAUUUUUUUCGUCUCCUUUUCUCCGUUAACGCGUUGACUGAAGUUUAAAAAAUAGAGUAACAUUCAUUCUUCGUGUGAUGAUACUUCCAUUGUACAAUGAAAAUCUGUUUUAUCUGUUUGUGCAUAAUGUUCCGCCCACACAUUUGAAAAUCCUAUUUUGGUUCAUUUUACUUUAUUAAAUUUCCACGAAAGAAACUGCAUCCUUUUUUCAGCAAACCUAAUUAGGAACCUUUAUCUAAUCACCGCGGUCAUUUUUGCUUUUAAAGGAAUCUUAACUUCACUUUUAAGCUUUUCAGCUUUUAUUGUCUUGUUAUUUCCUCAGUGCGUUUCGAUGUUGCGAAAGUAACGAUCUCUCCAGUCUGAGACUGGAGAAGAGACAAAUUUAAGGAAUGGAAGCUUUCUUUGUGACUGGCAAGAACUCAGCUCUAAUUUUGUUUUUCUUUUUACAAAACGAGACAAUUAAGUUAAAUUUAAUAGCCUCAAAUGGCGCUUAUGCUCAUGGUAUUAUUGCCUUGUACAGGAUUUAGUCAAUUCCGAGUCGCUAAAUUUCUCUCCUUCUUUGGCGCCGCGAGGACUCAAAUUCUCGUGACCUCACGAAAUCAGUCCUUGUUGUGAUGCUCGAAGUUUAUGCUUUGUAACGAUUUCCUUCCUUGGAUAGGUUUCACGAAUGUUAGAAAAUUGCCUUUGUCGAAUAGUUUGACAUUUAGAGUUUUCCCAACUGUCGAUGACGUUGAAGGUAUUUACAUUGUACAGAUGUUUCUAAAGAAGGGAAGUGCAAAUAGACGCAAUUAUUUUUUUUAUAUCAUGAAACACAGUCAUGAAGAAAAUUCUAACAAUUUUGAUUUCCGCGAACCCUGAUGUUUCUCUUCGUAAAAAAAAAAGACGCACACUGUUCCCAGCUGUUCGUGUUCAGCAGCAUCUGUCGGGGCCCAGGGAUCUUGGCAUCAUUUUGUUUAUUCAGCUGCAAGAUGGAUCAACAUCGCACCCAUUCCUUUGCAAAUUGUCAGAGCAACUAUGAGGUUUCUCUUUGAUUCUAGAAUGUUUGGGUUCCGUAUUCUGCCUGCACGCUUGCUUCGUCGCUAUAAUUACUCAUUGCAAAUGCGAUAAUAUGCUUUAGAUUGAAUCUGAUUUAGCUAAUUCGAUGGAGGGCAGACGGUACCUUUCCUUGAUCCUCAUCUGGAUAUCGUUAGUUUUCAAUCGGUGGUCUUUCACUUAUAGUAAACGACAUUAACCUUUUAACUUCCAUGAGUGACCAAGACAGAAUUUCUCCUUACAAUAUCAAUACAAUAUCAAGCAGACAAGUGAUGAGAAUAAAGAAAAAUAUCAGUUAGGGGAUUAUAAGUUGAUCCAAUACCAAAUUCUGCAAACUAACAUCACAAGAACUGUAUGGCAGAUAGUAAGGAGAAUUACUAAUCAGAUCUUUGGAAUUAAAGGGUUAAUGGACCGAAAACGAGAUCAGUGGAUUUACACCAGUGGAUUUAGACCAGAGGCUCUCUCACGGUUUGAAAAUUGCUGCGAAAUAGCCAUUUGUACUCUGUCAGGGUUGACUUAAACCCCAAAGAACAUGCUUGACAAGUACAAAUGAUCUUUCCGACUUCCCGUCUGUAGACUGCCCCUUGAUGUUCAAUUCGGUCUGGUGCCUGUGGCCCCGCCGGCGAUUGCUUUUCCUCAAGAAAUAUGUCAAAACAAAAGGGUUACGUAAUACUACAGUCAAGAAUUUCCUCUCCUAAUUGAAAACACAAAACGUUAGGUGAUCCAAAUCUUGUUUUCUCAUUAUCUUCAUCCGUCUUUUCAUCAACGUGGUGGCACCCUUUUCAUCUUACGUCCGUCCUAUGGUAUAAUUGAAUUAAGCUCUCCAUAUUUCGUGUACAUGUUGCUGUCACUCACGAUGUUGGUUUCUUAGUUUCCUCGAAGCGAACCAUUUCUUUAUUAAAGAGCUUUUCCUUUUCAAUGUCUUGACUUUUUUUUCUCAAGUUAACCAAACCGGUUUCAAACCAGAAUCAACUAUUUCACCUUGUCAUGCGCAAGGAAAUUCCCCGCGCUUUUCAAUCGUUGGUUGCAAUAUGCGCGUUAAUUCGCCUCGAUGUCUUAAUUGUUAGUUUUUAAUGCAACGAUGCUAACCGGUUUUCCCUGAAGUAAUCACAGUAUCACCUGAUUAGCUGUGAAGUUACACUUUUGUGCCUGAUGUAAACCAUUGAGUCACUCUUCUCCUUCAGGUCCAAACUCGUCAAUUUUAAUCGAGCAAGGUGUGGUCACCAGGCAAUCCCUGCUACCUGGCUCACAGUGGCACAACAGGAGCCACGUGGGAGUGGUGGCAAACAUAACUUUCUCGUACCGCGUGAAAUGCCAGCAGAACUAUUACGGUGACUCCUGCACAACACUCUGUAUUCCGCGCGAUGAUCAUCUCGGCCACUACUCGUGCGACAGCGAUGGAAGUAAAGUUUGUAACCCAGGAUGGUCUGGAAGUUACUGUUAUACAGGUAAAUGCUGCUGCUUCUGCUAUCUUGCCUUGGCUUUUUUUGUUUUGUUUUCUUUGACCGCUUUAGUUGUCUGGUUUCACUUUCUGUUUUCAAUUCAAAUCCAAUUUGAGUUGAUAGGGAAUAGCGUGCUAAGGAAGUGACCUUUUUUUGUCGCAAAAAUUUUCUAUAAAGAAACGUCGUAGUUUAUGCUGAGACGUUAUCUCUAUCGAGAGGAAACCCACGCAGAAUGAGAUAGGCAGAUGAUAAUGCACGGUAGUUUUUCGUCGUUAAUUUAGAUUCGAUCUUCUCAGUUAGUUAGUCUAAACAAAGAAUUUGCUUUUCGCAAAAAGUAAAAAUAUGCAGGUUAUUAUGUCGUUUGGAAUCUCAGGAAGAUUCAGUUACUAAGGACCUUAACAAAACCAAGGAGGUCCAACAGAUGGCGAUGUUUGUAUUACGAUUUUGUUAAAACUGUUCUUAAUGGGAGCUUAUCUUUCCAGAGCUAAUUUCCCUUAGGCUCUCUCUAAUAGCUGUGGAAUUUAUUUAUCUUGCACGCAAGAUUUAUUGGUACCUUGUGUUGUCAAGUUCUACAGAAGAUAUUGCUUUUGUUUUCUUCUGAAUGACAGUAUACCAUCGUAAAACGGAGGGCUGCUAUCAUGUUAUGAGGCGAACCUUCGAUUAACAUAAGAUCGAAAUUCCUUCUUAGAAACUACUUGAAGCAAAUGGCACCUCAGGACAAAACACUGAUUGCACAAUGGCUUUUAGUUCAAUGCUCACAUAUUAGGACUUAAUCCGGAAAGUCGAUUUUUCUUUCCUUUUUUGAUUAGUUUAAAGAAGAUUGGCACCUUGCUAAAGAAACAAAUGAAAUAGAAGUUAAUUGUCAUAUAUGGCCCUUCGACUGAAAAUUUCCGCUUAACAUUAUGGAAUAUUGUCAUCCAGUGGUCUCCAAUCUCUUACUUCUUCUAUUCGGCUUUGGAGAGGUCAUGCGCAGUUUUUUCAAUGACUCUACAGUUUGAAGUGUCCAGAAAGUUAUGCCCGAAGCUGUUAAAAGCUCUGCAUGUUUCGACUAGUUACUAUGACACACGGUUUACUUAAUGGCUAAUAGAACAUAAAAAAGAAAAGUAACAGCAUCCCAGUCCAAGGUGUACAAUGAAAUUCUCAUGUCGUGCAGUCGUUGGCUCGCUUUCGUUCUGUAAAUCCGAUAACAUAUCGUUUGUUUAUGGUUGCACCUCUAUACACGAGUUUCUUUCAUUCUUAAACGUGGAUUGUAGACGAACAAUAAAGGGCUUAACUCAAUGUGAUAGCAGCAAUUCAGACAUGAUGUAUUUCUAACGUAGAAAUUUCCAGGCAAGUGAGUCACCUUCAAAAACUGCGUGGAAAUUUUUUUUCAAGUUUCGACAAUUGUUUUGCAGUUUCAAACUGUGGGAAUUUUUUUCCUUUUUUUGCCAGACGUGUCCAAUCUCCUGAGAACCCUUAUUAAUAUGCGCUCUCACGGUGUUCAGCGGAGUGUAAACUCGCGAACAACCCAAACAUUUGUUCGCAACAGACCGUAAAAUAAACAAUAUUUGUGGAUUUGUGCCGACUUUGUAUUGUUUAAGGUCAUCUUUGAUGAUCACUUUGUGAUGAAGAGAGCACGACAAUCUUUUUGUUUAUUGACGAAUCAUUACUUUUAGUGCGUGCUCACGACAUGUCACGCUGGGCCCUGUAAGGGGGCGCUCCAGCCGUUAGCCGUUAUCUGUCAGGACAGAGCUUCCUAUGUGAAGCAUUAUCCUUGAACAAAGCCUUUUGAACAACUUAAAUUUGUUUAGCGUUCAGCACCAGGGGUCUUUCCUUUUCCCUCUUUUCUUUUUCCUCGUUGGAACCGGGAGCGCGUGACAAGAGCGAACCGCGACUUACACGCGAGGAUAUCGACAACAAGUGUUAGGUAGCUCGUGGUUUUGUAUUAGGUUCACCUCAGGCUAUCGUAGUCGUGUUCGUCGUCGGAAAUGGUCGGUCCAUCCCGACCUUGAAUACGAACGAACGAAAGUCCGGGAGUGAAACCCGAAUCUAUGACUUAAAACCGACUAAUAAUCGUUUUUCCCAUACAGUUGCUUUGUAUCUCUGUCUUAAACCAUAUUUAGUUUGCAGAAACUACACCUCAAAUUUUCCGUAAUAUAUUGCUUUUUACCCCAAACAAUUUCCAAAUACGUCCUUACAGCUUCUCCUUCAGAUCUAACGCUGUCGAGACAUUUCAAGAUUUGCCUAAAGGACUUCCUAGUAACAUUCAUUUUACCUCAUUCUAAUAAGAAUUUCGCUGUGGUUUGCUUCUCAGCUGUUUGUCCAGGAUGCAACCUCACUCACGCUACAUGUUCACGACCUAACCUUUGCAGGUGAGAUUUCACUUCCAUUAAACUUAGCUUUUGUAAAGGUGCACUAGAAAUCGGCGAAUCGGUGUCUAGGCUCUGUAUCUUCAUAACAACAAAAAAAAAAUUCAAAUAAAUAUUCUUCGUUUGUCAUUCCCAAUCGGUUUUAGUCAUCUCCACUGCCGACCAAUUUCUUUAGUUUUUGUUUAAACACUACCUUUCAGAUUUUUUCAGGGAGAAUUUGUCUAACAAUCAAGAGCUUCGUUAGUUGGUGAUCAUUUCCUUAUUUCUCUUGACCUCAAUGUUUGAUUUAGUCGUGAAAUUGUUAGGAGAAAUUAGAUGUAGUCACUCUUAAGGUCAAAAGGUUGAAAGAGAAAAAAAAAAAGGACGGCUUAUGGCAGUUACAAGACGAAUUUGGUGAACAAUCAGGAGCCUCUUGAGCAAGCGAUCAUCCAUUCAUUCUUGUGACCUUAAUGUUUGAAUCGGGGGAAAAUACCACUGGGAGAAAUUAGAUAUCUAUCACUUUAAGGGUUAAAGAGUUAAAAUACAGAGAAGGCGAAAACAAAAAAAGGGAAGGGGUCUUUCUUAGAGCAUAACUCUCCUUUCGUGUUUAUGAUUCCACUCAGGAACUCACAUUUGAAGUUUAUCGAGUCACUUUCCCAUUUGAUAGUCAACGUUUGUGUUCUAACUUUAUUCGUUUCUGUUAAGUUGUCAGUCCGGCUGGCUUGGACAAAAUUGUACAGAAUGUGAAAGGUACCCGGGAUGCCUCCACGGCACCUGUAAUAAGCCUUGGGAAUGUAAUUGUAUUAAAGGCUGGGGCGGAAAGUCCUGUGAUCUUGGUAGGUUGGUUUUUGUUUUCUUUGUCGAUCAACUGUCGCGUCUACUUAGUCAAUUUUGUGUCGUACAUCUUGGUGUCUGUUUGUUAAGAAUAUCAGCGGUGAUCAUACAACACGGCUCCAAUCAAUCACAGCUUAGUUAUCGAAUGAAUGGCAACCAUACGUUCAAGGUUGCCUUACCAGUUCCCUUUGUUUACUAUAGGCCACGUGUUUUCUCGCGAUUACCAACCGUUGUAUGUAAUUUUAGGCGUUGCAUGGUGCUCUUCAUUUCCUGAUUUUUCUACACGUAGGCACCUGUUUUCUCAUUUUCCCACGUCUCCUGUUGCAAGUAGUUUUCCGCGCUUUAUUGUCUAUAUUUUCCCCUUCUGACGCCCGCUUCAUUUUCUCCGGCCUUUUUCCCCUUCACUCUGUGAAGUCAAGAGCGUUUGCUACAGUGAGAAUAUGGUUUAACUUCUUUAUCAUUUUUCCGUUUUCGAUCUUGUUUCAAACCACUUUAUUGUAACUUCCUUUCAUUCAGAUUUAGAAUUAUGUGCGCGUGAGCAACCUUGCAAGAACGGGGGAACAUGUUCAAAUAGUGGGCCAAGCCUUUACCGCUGUACUUGCCGGAAGGGUUACACUGGGAGAAACUGUGAGACAGGUGAGUUCAAUAGAUCUAAACAGCUAUGAACGGGCAUAAUGAUACUUCUUGCGUGGAACUCAAAAGGACUACCAAGAAAUUUUAGUUCAAUGUCAUUAGUGUUUCAUUCUUUAAGUUUCUGACUUAAAUCUUAAGUUUCUUAGGGACUGUAGUUUUUAGAUAGUAAGUUCUUUCUAGCGACAUUUGGCAAAAGUAAUACUUUAAGGAAUAAACUCCCGAUUCGAUUGAGUGAUAACUCUCUUAACCCUUUCCAUCCUAAGAUCAGUAUGCAUAUUCUCCAUACUGUUCUCUAUACAUUUCCUAAGGUGCUGAUAAGGAGAAUUUUUUCAACAAGUGAUGAUUUCCUUUAUUUUCCUGAUCUUAACGUGUGAUUCAGAGGGAGAAAUUAAAUGUCAUUCACUCUUAUGGAUCAUAGAGUUAAGCCAUGAUUUCAUCAUCUAUGAUGUAUCUCCUGAGUAUUAUUUAAUGCUGAUAUUGUCUCUUGAUUUGUAGAAAUAAAUGAAUGUUCAAGCAAUCCAUGCUACAAUGGAGGAACUUGCACGGUAAGCGAACGCUUCAUGUGCCAUAUUGCUGAUCCAAGCAGUAUGCAGGACGCUUGGUACUUAAGGAGCUUUUUAUGGUCGAGCUCACAAUUCGGGUUCUCUGUUGCCCCCUUGUCAAGCGUUAAAGCUCAAAUCUGAAGGUCGAGGAUUCAGAAUUCUUCCCGGUCCUACGCUCGUGACAGAAACGAACGAACUAUUCCCACCAUGUGCGCUUAAUUUUAGAGCCAACCAUUACUUAAAGCAGAUUAUAACUUUUUGUUUGCAAGAGAAUGGAACUUUUACUUAUAUCAUGUGCCAAUUUUCAUUUCGUUCUUUAGGAUCUUAUCGGAGACUUCAAUUGUUCGUGCCCAGACGGAUACAGCGGGAAGCAGUGCUACCCAGACUGUGUGCCAGGCGCGUGCAAAAAUGGUGGCACGUGCGUUAAUGGUAUCCGAGGCUAUUCGUGCGUUUGUUCGUCCGGAUUUACCGGAAGCGCGUGCGAACAGGCCAUAACAACGACUCCGGCGCCUACAACAAGUACAAACCCCAAGACAAAGGUUAAAACUACUCCAAAAAACACUGGGGAAACUACUUUUCAAACUGCACAAGAAACUACACCAGAAUCUGCCACAGCGACUACUCGGGAAAGUACAACAAACACAUCCCUUAAUGGGACGACGACAGAACCACAAGGAAACGGAAUGAUGGGUAAGCUAUUGACGCGGUCUUACAAACCGCAAUUUGACUUCGGUCACGUGUUUUUUCUAUGGGUUUUUAUUGGUUCGCUAUGGUGGAUCGCAUUAGUUGGUUCGUUUUCUAUAUUUUGGCAACAGAUUAAAAAAAAUGUGUUCGUUUUUGCAGGGGAACCCUUUAAUUCCGAGUCCGGAAAAGGUGAGGUGGCAUUUAAUCAUUAAUGAUACUUUAUAUUUUCUUUUCGAUUUUCGUUGUGUGAUCUAUUUUCCAAUGUCAAAAAUGCAAAGCCUCAAUUUCAAACGAGAUCAAGUGCAAUUUUUUAAUUUGAAAAUUAUAUCCUAUUUUCAUGCAAUGAAUAUCCUUCAAUAUCCAAGGUUUUGCCUUAGGCCUUAUCUUGAAAUUGAGGGUAUUUACAGACGAAAGGGGCAUGUUUCAGUAUUUUCUACAGAAGCUUAAAACUGUGGUAAAUUUUCUCUCUUAACUUUCCUCUUCAGGUGUCAUAGACCGGACUACCAUGAUAAUUGUGAUUGUUGCCUCUGUGCUUGUGUUCCUCGCUUUAUUCGUCGGUUGCGUCGCCUGGAGAUUCUGGAGAAAGCGCAGGCGUGCGUCGCAGAACGCCACCGGACAAGUAGAAGGAGUGCAUUCACAUGCUAAUCCAAAACAUAUAGACAUAGAGGACCCUGAUCCUAAACAUCGUACGGGCACGAAAUCGGGCAACCCUGAAAUAAUUAGAAACUUUGUCGCCUCGAAACGGAACGAAAAGAAUACAAAUAAAACGCAAGACAUUACUGCGGAGGAAAAGCUUCCAGAAGGAACAAAAUCUAAAGAAAUUGCCAGGUGAGAGUUUUUGACGACUUUUUGAACAACUUCUAUGUUAGAAGAAAGAAAAAUAAAAAACACAGACAUCAGAUUACCUUUUAUCUUAGUGGUUACUUGUUUAACCUUCAUGUGACCAUGAUUCAACCGUGAUUACUCAUCGUCGUUUUGUGCCAGUUUUCUAUUGUUCGAACACCACAAUCUCGUUCGUGCUCUGGAAGCGUCAAUAAUCCAUUCAUGUUUACUAAUAACAUAUAGAUCUACUAAUUUUCCCUCAUCUAUUUUGGCUAAUCGUGGUGGUAACGGUUUUUAUAGAAGCAAUAGAGGCAGGCCUCUAAAGCUAAGCUGAUAAUUAAUAGCACCUUGCGAAAGUGUUAGACUGAUUAGAAAGGAACAUCUCAUCAUUCGCGACGCAAGUCUACGCGCGCGUGGAUUAAUUUUUCUCUCGAGUAUUCGCGAUUGCAAUACGGAGCUUGCAAACCAGAGGUGGAUACGAUCCUGAAAACAAAGUUGUAGCUCUGAUUGGCGGCCAAUUUUCUUUUCCAAGAAAGGAGAAAAGAAUUUAAGAUGUAGGAUUUGUAGGUCUAUGAAAGGUGAAGAUCACGAGAGAGGAAAAGACUGCAUGACAAGGCUAAAACUUUCUGCUCUGCCAGGCCUUGUGAGGCCACCGAAGAACUGAAGAGCUACAUCUUUGAGUCGUUUUUUGUGCCGUAUUAAACUUCUUUGCUAAAAAAUGCAAAGGAAGGAAGGAAAUAGAAUGGCUUAAGGUGAAGAAGAUUAAAACGGAUGAAGUGAAGUACUUGAAAAAUUUGCGACAAAUUUUUUAGAUGACGCGCGUUGUUCAGGCAUGGACUUGGUCUUACACUGUCGAGACACUAAAGUAACAACUCAUCAACAAAUGCCACUCUUCAAUUCACGUUCUGCUCGCAGCUCAUGCGAAUUCAGCAAGACGAGGUCAUUGAUAAAGCUUGCUGUGACCAUUUCUUUCAGGGGGUCGUUGGAAUUAUCAGAUAUAACAACAACGACAACAACGGCGCAAUCUUCAACGAGAGAACGUCCUACUCUGGAUGAACUAUAUCUGCCUAAUCGUUGCUUUGAUCAAGGAUAUUGGCAGGAAGUGGAGUUGGAAAUCUAAUUUAAAUUAUUUAACUUAACAGGUAAAUAAUUCUUUAUGUUACAUGAUAACUACCGCUUGCUGCAUGCUUAAGACUCGUUCUACUAAUCCUUAUUUGCAAGUCUCAAGAAGAUAAAAUACGUAAUAACCCCAUCCUAGUAUUACACUAACAUAAUCUCCUAAGAUUGCACGAGAGAGUAAACACAACUUCCGGGGUCACAUGAAAAUAUUUGAACUCAUGAUCUGAUAGCAGCGCGUAAAGACCUACCAUUUUCUUUACAUUUUAGAAUAUCACUCUCAGCAUGGUAACCCGGUGUAUCAACGAAGCGAUUAUGCUUUUAAGUAAAGGGUUUUUUCUUUUCUUGCAUCAGUGAAAGUAAAUUCAAUUUUUUUUUUCAUAGUUGAAUAUCAAAAUAACUUGAAAAAGGAGCGGCUUUGAUCUCUCUGUGUCGGAAGUUGACUAAACACAACACAUCGGUUGAAUUCAAUUGAUGUCUUUUUAAAUUUAUGUCUGUAAUUGAGUCUUUAAUUGGUAUCUUUGCUGUAAACAGGAAAUCGCAUGACCGCUUUAGGAGGCGGAUUUAAUCUCCUUGUGCUAAUGGUUCACGCGCCUGUACAUUUUCGUAGUUGAAAUCUAUGUCCCCAUAGGCCGUCAUCCAAAAACUCGCAAGUGAAACCUCAGGUGGUCAGCGGGAAAAAAUUGGAAAUUUGGAAUAAUCGCCUGUACCUAAAUCGAAAAAAGUGAUGGUAAAUUUUGCUUUGAAAGCCCCCCAAUUGUUUCAGAUCUACAUUAAAUUAUCAUAUUAUGACAAAUUUUAGGCUCAGUGGGCCAACAGAGCAUGACAUGCUCAAAUCACGUGACGUCAGCCUCCAGAAGAACACUCACGUGGACAGCGGCCAUCGGGUCACGUGAUGACUUGAAUGAUCUUCUUGAAUUCAUCUGGUUUGAAGGAAAAAAAAAAGUCUGCAAAUGAGAUGAGAAGAACUACGAAGAAUAAGUUGACGAGUUGUUACAUAUAAAAAGACUUCAGUAUCCUGGAGAUGUGAAAGCGGCCUACCAACUUCUCUCGAUGUCGAGUAAACUUGAUCCAAUACAGGAAAAAAAAAUUAGUAAUGAAGAGGUAUUUUAGUAUAGCAACACGAGAAGCGUUUCUUGUGCUGCGCUUAAGGGCCCUAUCUGAGGGGCUAUUUUUUCCUAUCCAUAAAACUAAUCAUAGAACUAACCAGACAGCCUCUAUAGCUAGCCUUAUGAGAGCCCUGGUGAUCACGACAAAGAGCUACCUAAACAAAUGAAAUAAGCCUUCAGUUAAGUCAAUAAGACUUUUUGCAAAAGAAGAACCAUUUACCGCUUAAGUUAGUCUCAAUAUUAAACAUUGAUAACUUGCCAGAAUUUACUUAAAAUUUUACAAUCAUCUCAGGUUUGUAAUUAACUUCUUUCAGCGAAUGGUGAUUUCAGAAAAAUGCUAAUCGCUUUGCGAUAUUCUCUAGUGCAUAAAAUAAGUGACAUUUUUACAACCUCGUUGUGCAUUUGUGAUUCACUUUCAGCCUGAUGAUUGAGCUCGCGGCCACAUGCCUCUGAAGUUUAACUUGCGUCAUUCAAUUGACGUUUCAAUAGGACUUUUAUGCCAAGGGUCCAAUCCAAUGUGUAAAUUUUCUGACAAUAUGGAGAGAUAAAUAAGGCUGUUAUUUAUAAACCACAGGUUACGAAAGACUUAGGGAAAUAAUAUAUAGCCAAAUUUGUGAGAAUUAUCAACGUUAUGUCAUAACUUCGUUAGGAGUUGGAGUAAGGGCCUAUGGCCAAAUUCAAAACUCUCUGCUUUAUCUCUUAUUUCGCAUGGUGUUGGUUAUUAUAAGGUUUGUUCUUCUUGUUGGGGUCAUCAGGAGCAAAGGACGUGCCUGCUUAGCAUAUCACGUGCCAUUUGUGCUUCUCACGUGAUUUUCCCGAGGUUGCCACGUGUUGGGUGUUUUAUCCGAUUGUAUUUGGAAAGUCUCGGUUCGUUCCUUUGCUAUUGAACUGUUGUGGCAAAGAAUCUUUAGAGAUCUAGCGAAUAUAAAUUUUUCUGAUACGAUAUAGGCUGUGUCAGGCUCUUGGUCAGUGGAAACGAGCGAAAACGAAGGUGCGCAAAAAACGGCGGAGGUCUGGAAACAAAAAAUCCAGCCGAUUCCCUGUCAACAACGACCGCUGUUUGUAGUUUGCCGGCUCUUUAAUUCGCCUCCACUGAUUGCGGGCGUGUAACAAGCUACAUACGAUACUAGCCUGGCUUCUUUUCCUUGGCUCUGUAACUCCUUACAGUCGUUUUUAUUAAUCUGGCGGGUUUUUUGUCAAUAGCUUGUAUAAAGUUUUGGGGGCUUCCUUAUUUAAAUGAUCUUAAGCUUGCCUUAAAAUAAUAAAAUCUUGCCGAAGGAGUCUUCGGCUUUUUGACACAUUCGAUGGAACGAGUACCACUUGUCUCCUCCCUCCCUACCCUUCCAUCCCUCAAAUAGGUGUUGACAUCCUAAACGUUCUUUGGAGACUGAAAUUUAGAACCCAUUCCACCCGGAAAUAGCUCGCUCCAUCGAAUGUACUGCUGCGUUUUGAAGAUGCAACCAACCUUUGACAUGUAGUGGCCAUUUUCUUUAUAAGACCCCGGUUUAAUGAACUUAGUACUUAUUGUAAUGUUUUGCAUCAAAAACAUUUGUGGCUCUUGGCCUCUCGGAGGGUUACUGUAAAAAGUCUCCUCUUAAAAUCUCUCACUCUGAUGAUAAUUAGUCACACUGCAGAAGAAUCACAUUUCACGGACAACGUAGCUUUUUCAUUAUGGCGGGGUAGGCCUUAUAGAUAUAUAUAUAUUUUUGUAAAUUUUUAUAUAAUUCGCCAGACAGUUUUCUAGAAAUCCUCAAUGGAGGCCAGAGGAAGUCGUUUGAAAAGAAAUUUAAUAUAUAGAACGAAAAAAUAAAUAUAUAUAUUUGCACC